CUCCUCGUCCCCCCCGGCCGCGGCGGCUCCCCGACGCCCGCUGUUGUGAUGCGUAUUCCCGUAGACCCGAGCACCAGCAGGCGCUUCACACCCCCCUCCACGGCCUUCCCCUGCGGUAAGAUGGGCGAGAACAGCGGGGCGCUGGGGGCCCCCGCGCCGGGCGCCCGGGCGCGGCCCGAGGUCCGCUCCGUCGUGGAUGUGCUGGCCGACCACGCCGGCGAGCUGGUGCGCACCGACAGCCCCAACUUCUUGUGCUCGGUGCUGCCUUCGCACUGGAGGUGCAACAAGACGCUGCCCGUGGCCUUCAAGGUCGUAGCCCUCGGAGACGUUCCCGAUGGGACGGUGGUGACGGUGAUGGCCGGGAACGACGAAAACUACUCCGCCGAGCUCCGCAACGCCUCCGCCGUGAUGAAAAACCAAGUGGCGAGGUUUAACGACCUCCGGUUUGUUGGGAGAAGCGGCAGGGGAAAAAGCUUCACCCUGACCAUCACGGUGUUCACGAACCCCACGCAAGUCGCUACCUACCACCGAGCCAUCAAAGUGACCGUGGACGGGCCGCGGGAGCCGCGCAGGCACAGGCAGAAGCUGGAGGACCAAGCCAAGCCCUUCGCCGACCGCUACGGGGAGCUGGAACGCCUGCGGCAGUCCAUGAGGGUCACCCCGACGGCCGCCACCCCCCGCGGGCCCCUCGGCACCCCCAGCCACUUCGGCUCCCAGGCACAAACUCCAAUACAAGGCACAUCAGACCUGAGCCCCUUCUCUGAUCCCCGGCAGUUCGAUCGCUCCUUCCCGACGCUGCCAGCUCUCACCGAGACCCGCUUCUCCGACCCGCGGAUGCAUUACCCCGGCGCCAUGUCCGCGGCCUUCCCGUACACCGCGACGCCCUCCGCCACGGGCAUCGGCGGCAUCAGCAUGACCAGCAUGCCCACCACGACCCGCUUCCACCACACCUACCUGCCGCCCCCCUACCCCGGCUCCACGCAGAACCAAAGCGGACCCUUCCAGGCCAACCCCUCUCCCUACCACUUGUACUACGGCACCUCGUCGGGCUCCUACCAGUUCUCCAUGGUGGCGGGUGGGGAGCGCUCGCCCACCCGGAUGCUCUCUUCUUGUACGAGCGCCUCGGCAGGGAACAACUUAAUGAAUCCCAACCUGGGCAAUCAGAACGACGGGGUGGACGCGGAUGGGAGCCACAGUAACUCUCCAACGACCAUGACGACUACUGGGAGGAUGGAUGAGUCAGUCUGGAGACCUUACUAGGAGGAACUCAACCAGGCCCCGAUAGCUUUAACUUAAUCAAAGAGCCACCAUUACGUUACUCCUUUUGGUAGUGAAUAGAGCAAAACGAUGCCUAGGGAACAGAUAAACCAAAGUCCCCCAAACCAAAAGCCAACCAGGAUCCUUUGCAUGCAAGCGUCAAGCAAAGAUGGACCAGGACCUGCGUUACAUUUCAAGAUGAACGUCUGCGAGGCUUGAAUUUGUCGCUUGAUAUGGUUCCUCCCAUGUGUUUUAAAAAUGCGAAUUGUACAUAGGAAACAAACAAACAAAAAAGCUGUGUGGAAUCAGAUAUUUGUUUAUUACAGAAUACUUCUCAGUCAUCUCACUCUUCCCCUCAUCCCCACACAAAACAUUCAAAAUAUUAAAAAAGAUCGCCCUUCUGCACAAUCCAAGGUGUUUCAGAGAGGAGAAAAGACCAGGAAUCAGCCAAGCCAUCUGCCUGCCAAUGCAGGAAGACUGAACUGAAAAAAAAAAAAAAGAAAAAAAACAAAGAAAAACAAUACCCUUUGUCUCUUCUCCCUCCCUCCUCACCAGUUUAGGGCCUCUGACCAUCAAAGAGCUCCAGGAUGGCAGCAGAGCCACACGAGAGUCUGGUUUACAGCACGCCUGCGAGGCCCAGGCACGCGCUGGGGCCGGGGGGGCUCUGCCACGCGUUCCUCGCGGGUCGGCCGGCAUCAGCCACGUGCACAAGAGCUGUGAUAGGAUUAUUAUUAUUUGUGGUUGAUGCCAGUUGUAUUGUUCAUUUUUGUCGUUAUUUUUAAAACAGUAACGUGGUUGAUCCCGUGCCUGACAGACCCCCCCCCCCCAUGUUUACAUACGAGAUGUACUUUUUACGAGAUGUGGUUUGUUUUGUUUUGUUUGCUCUUUUGUCCUGACCUCACCGUUCAGUUCUUUGCUCCUCUUAGCGAAUCUCAGCGAUGGUGUCUGAAGCGACGGCGGCGUUCGGGACAACCCGAGGCGUGGGAGAUGCACUUCCAAACGCGCUAGCUGCAAAGGGGCCGGGAGCCCCUGGCGCCACCGGGCUCUGGGUUUCCUUUCAUCCUCUCUGAGUGGCUACAGAUGCAGCUUGUGGCAAAGCAUCAUAUUUCUGUUAUGAUUCUUUCCCGGGUUUUCGCCCAGAGUGGCUCAACACAUGAUGCAUUUUUUUAUUAAGAAAGGACUUAACAGUUGUCAGUUCAUACUGAAAGCUCUAGCUGAGAUUUGGGGAAAGGAGCAGUCUUUAAUCAGACCCCGUGGUGGUGGGCGUACAGUGAAGCAGUGUUACCUGGCGGUCUCCAUCCCCUCAUCCUCUUCUCCUUUUCCCCCAAAGUGAACUAGAGCACUGGUAUCUCUUUGCUGUAGAUGAAUAAACUGAGGAAGGGCCACUAAAAGUGCUGCUAGCCCGUCGUUAACUGCUUGCAUGAAGCAGCGUCCGGAGGCGCCGGGCCUUGGGGCAUCCCACAGCCAUCCUCACACGUGGCACCAAAGGGUUUGCGACCGAACAGGACUGCGACGGAGGUCGUAGGCAGCUGGACACCAGGAAGGGCUGCCCCAAGGCCAGGUUAGUGGCCUCACACGGCAGCUUACCUCGCCUAAGGAUGCGUGUGUGUACACACACACACACACACACACACACACACACACACACACACACACACACACACACACCCCUGCUGCCCCGUCCCCUUCUGCCUCAGCACGUCGUGCCGUGACGCCCAUCACCAAACACCAAAUCUCAAAUCUCAGUCGGUAGCUUUCUGGCAGGCGGUUGCGGUACAGAGCGUCGCGAUUGCACUACCAUGUACGCGAAGACUGGAGCAAGCCCUCCUGGCGCAGCCGGGAAGCUGCGAUGACCACUCGUGGGUUAAACCAGCACCACAAGAACAACGGCAAGAAAAAAAAGAAAAAGGAAAAAAAAAAGCCCUACCCCAGCAAACUGCAACCCACGCUGGCCUCAGCCGCAGCAAGCCCGUCACCGGCACUCGCCAGCCGCAGAAACCGGACCGCAGCAGCCUGUGUUUCAAUGCAUUUACGUUUCUCCUACCAUCGCGCCACUGAUCGAAAGCACAAAGAAAACAAGGCAUUCAUAGGACUAGGUUAAUUUAAGACUGUUCAUAGUGAAUUAAAAAAGAAAAAAAGCAAUGGCAACAAUGUUGUUUUUAUGACAUAUUGUCAUGUGAAGGUGUGAAUGUACACACCUCUAUUGUAUGCAACUGGUCAUGAGACAGGCCAACGUUUUUUGCUUUGCACUAUAAUUUGCUUUUUUUAAAAAAAAGAAUGCACAAUCGCUUGUACAGUAAAACCCCUUUGUCUGGCUCACAGAAUAUUUAACUAUAAAAUCUAAUUUUUGGUCUUAUUUGUUAUAAUAAUAUAAUUCUUAAAUGUGUUGAAGGAUCCGAUUCUUAAUAAUGCUUCUAAUACUUGUAUGUGCAGGGUAAAAACAACACCAAACAACUAAGGAGAUGAGAACAGAGAUCUUUGUAGAUAAAGAAGGCGAAAGUUGUUGGUUUUUUUUUUUUUUUUAAUGGAGUCUUACGAUGGACAUUAAAAAAAAUGCUAGUAAUACCAAAUAAUGUGGUUAUUUGUGUAAUAGACCAGCCCUACUUGAAGGUAACGCCCUGUAUUUAAUAUGUAGCCCAUCUUUUUAACCUGUAGCACUUGGCACUGGGGAGGGGGGCGGUGGGGGGCAGGAGGGGACGGGGCUGCUCCUGGCGAAGUCAUGGGAAGAAGGUCUUGGUGGAGACGGCUCCGGCGCGCCAGCCUCGGCUGCUCGUCGGCAAAGAGGCGCAGCCGGGUCUGCUUUUCUCUUAUCGGUGUCGAUGUUCUUAUCCGAUGCACGUGAUUAUAGUGUCAGGCCUCCGUGUAAUCAUUUUAAUGACUUUCCAUGUGGAAUAAUAAACGUACAGUUGCAAGUC